CGGCCGGUGAGCAGACCCAAAUUCACAUCAGGCUCCUCGCGCCGAGCAGCCGUGGGUGGCGCGUGCAGUACCCGGCGGCGGCGAUGGUGAUGCAGCAGCAGAUGAUGGCGGCGCCGCCGCCGCCGCAGUACGCGGCGCACUUCAUUACCUACCCAGCCCCGCCACUCAGAUGGCGACGGGCGGCGGCCGCCGUUGGCGGCGGCGCGCAACAGGGCUCGUCGGAGAAUAAGACGAUCUGGGUUGGAGAUCUCCAUUACUGGAUGGACGAGAAUUAUCUCCAUAGCUGUUUUGGACACACUGGGGAGGUGUUGAAUAUAAAAGUUAUACGAAAUAAACAAACUGGACAGUCCGAGGGAUAUGGGUUUGUUGAAUUCUAUACUCAUACAGCCGCUGAAAAGGUACUACAUACCUUCAGUGGACACAUAAUGCCGAACACAGAUCAGCCUUUUCGCUUAAAUUGGGCUUCAUUUAGCAUGGGUGAUAGACGAACAGAUGCUGCUUCUGAUCAUUCUAUAUUUGUAGGAGACCUAGCUGCUGAUGUUACAGAUUCUAUGUUACAAGAAACUUUUGCUAGUAGAUAUCCAUCUGUGAAAGGUGCAAAAGUGGUUAUUGAUUCAACUACAGGCCGUUCAAAAGGCUAUGGAUUUGUCAGAUUUGGAAAUGAUAACGAGAAAACACAAGCCAUGACUGAAAUGAAUGGUGUGUAUUGCUCUAGUAGGCCUAUGCGCAUUGGUGCUGCAACUCCGAGAAAGUCAGGUGGUUUUGGAUCUAAUGGUUCAUCUGGACAAGGUUUUCAAUCAGAUGGGGAUUCAACCAACACAACAGUUUUUGUUGGAGGACUUGACCCGAGUGUCAGCGAAGAUGAUCUGAAGCAAUCCUUUUCACAGUAUGGUGAAAUCGCAUCAGUGAAGAUCCCAGUUGGAAAACAGUGUGGUUUUGUACAAUUUGUUCAGAGGAACAAUGCUGAAGAGGCACUACAGGGAUUGAAUGGCACUGUCAUAGGAAAGCAGACUGUUCGCCUCUCUUGGGGUCGCAACCCUGCAAACAAACAGAGAGUGGAUGUUAGCAAUCAGUGGAAUGGCAUUUAUUACGGAGGGCAAGUCUACAACGGGUACGGCUUUGCAGUGCCACCUCAAGAUCCAAGCAUGUAUGCUGCAGCUUAUGGAGCUUAUCCUAUCUAUGGAAACCAGCAACAAGUGAGCUAAAUGAGAAGAUAUAGUAAUCCAUCCCCACUGGAAUCGGCAUUUAAUUGGUAGUGGAGUGACUGAUAAACUUUAGGCAGUCAAGCAGAGGUAGCUACAGUCUGAAUGGUAAUGUAGAACAUAAGCAAGGCGCUGAACUCCUAUAGUACCGUUCACCAUAAGUCUGAUGGUGGUCUUAGAUUGUUUUAUUUAUUUCUAUAAAUUUUGACUGGAUGUUAAAGAAGAUUUUGUUUGACGUUAUAUAUAUCGUUUUUGUGUGCUGGCAAUGUUGGUUUUUGUGAA